GCGGAAGUGUCAGAGCAGGCGGAAGUGGUACUGCCCUGAAUACCCUGAGCAGCGAGCGGAGGACGGCUUGACAAACUCCCAUCGUUCAGAGAAUAAAAUCGGGAUCCCUAGCACGCUCUAAAUCCUAAAAAUGGAUAAGAACGAUCUGGUGCAGAAAGCCAAGCUGGCAGAGCAGGCCGAACGCUACGACGACAUGGCCGGCGCCAUGAAGUCUGUGACGGAGCAGGGGGGCGAGCUGAGCAACGAGGAGCGCAACCUGCUGUCUGUCGCCUACAAGAACGUGGUGGGGGCUCGCCGUUCAUCCUGGCGCGUCAUCUCCAGCAUCGAGCAGAAGACGGAGGGUAACGAGAAGAAACAGCAGAUGGCCCGCGACUACCGCGUGAAGAUCGAGUCUGAACUCCAAGAAAUCUGCAACGACGUGCUGAGCCUGCUCGAUAAAUUCCUCAUUGCCAACGCAUCUCAGGCGGAGAGCAAGGUGUUCUACCUCAAAAUGAAAGGAGACUACUUCAGAUACCUGUCAGAGGUCGCCUCUGGGGACAGAAAGAAGGACACGGUGGAGAACUCUCAGCAGGCCUACCAGCAAGCCUUCGAAAUCAGCAAGAAGGACAUGCAGCCCACACACCCCAUCCGGCUGGGCCUGGCUCUUAACUUCUCCGUCUUCUACUACGAAAUCCUCAACUCACCCGAGCAGGCCUGCUCUCUGGCCAAGCAGGCUUUCGACGAGGCGAUCGCCGAGCUCGACACCUUGAACGAGGACUCGUACAAAGACAGCACGCUGAUUAUGCAGCUACUAAGGGACAACCUGACUCUGUGGACAUCAGAAAACCAGGGAGACGAGGGCGAGACCGGCGACGGGGAGAACUAGAGCGCACUUCACUGUUAACCCAUCCCCACUCUCUUCCUCCUCCUCCUCCUCCUCCUCCUCCUCUGAGCUCUCGUCCUCUUUCUUCUCUUCUUCCUCUCUUCAUACACAUUUAAAAAAAAAAAAAAAACAGCCCGUUCAUUCCCUCGUCCCACUUUUUCAAAAACCCGGCCUCCCGACUUCCCUUCUGUAUAACCAACAGCAUGAAUAGACCCCGCCCCCCUCCACCACCAACAACAGAUAUAUACGUUAAAUUUAAAAGAAAAAACGAGAAAGUACUACUCCAUGACCCCUCCUCCUCCUCCUCCUCCUCCUCCUCCUCCUCCUCUUCCUCCUCAUCCUCUUCAUCAUCACUCCACGGCCGGCCGCGCCGACUCAAACCAGCGGCCGGUCUCGUCUUCUAGCACGCAGGGAGGGGUUUAAAUCCCCAACCACGGAAUAAUAAACGUCUUUUAGAGCCCUCUUUUACCCCCCCCCCAUUUAAUCUUCCUCCUCCUUUCCUUCCUAACACCUCAGUAUGUCCCCCCUUCCUCCCCUCCCCUCUUUAGCGAGUUAAUGCAUUGAUAUAGAUGUACCCCCCUCCCCCCUCCCCCCCCUCCUCCUCCUCUUUUGGCUUCUCUUAGUGUACCGGCACACCCGGCUGGUUUUAUUCCACUUUAAACAAAGACAACAAAAAGGUUAUUAAACUGUCCGUUUAUUUUCAACAAACACUGUGAUGCUUAGUUUGUCCUCCACAUCGACACCCAUCUUCUUCUUCCAGCUGGGAGGGGGAGGGGGAGGGGGGGGUGUUUGAGCAGCAGGGGGUCAUUCUGCUGACGGGUUAUACAGAAGGGGGGCUCGCACAGGGCUGUAUUGUGACACUGACUCAUUAAAAAGACAAACACAAACUCUCCUGGAGUUUCAUUUACCGGCUUUUUUUUUUUUUUUUUUUUUUUUUUCAUUUCUUCAACAUGAAUCUGGAGAAACCAUUUUUAAAAAACAUUCCAUCUCAUGUGUGGGAAGAUUUUACACGCUCACGACUAACGGGACCCGCCUGCUUCCUCGGAUCCACCACACCCGGCCCACUCCCCCCCCCCCCCCCCACCGACGCGUACGUUCAACCUCCCUCUCUUCGAUCGCUUUCUCUUUUUUCUUUGUGUGUGUGUAACCGAUUAAACUUCUCUACCCCCCCCCCCCCUCCCUCCUCCUGGUUUUUGAAAAAUGUAAAAUUGUAAAACAUUUUUAGAGCUUAACUGUAAAUCUGUCUUUUGGAGAAAAAAAAAACACAAAACGUGAACGGUUUGUCGAUGUUGUCCGUUAACAGCCGCUUGCAAAGGAAACCUUGAAGCCGUUACAGUCAGCUGCUGGUUCUACGUGUGCCGUUUGUUUUGGUACUUUAACCCCGCCCCCUCUCUCUCUCCUCUCUCGCCCUUCUCCUGCUUCCUGUACUGACACAUUUGGAGCCGACAGAAAUGCACGUCAUCUUUUAUGCUCAUGUUAAGAAGAAAGCAUCCAGUCGGGCCUUCUCUGCCCAGCCACGCUUAAACUUCCUGCUUCCUCGUCGAACGCCGCAGAGCCCGGCUGUCGGAGACGAUACCGAUCUCGGAGAUCGCAUUCGGCCUCUUCCUCCGCCCCGCCCUCACUGCCUUGUUUACACCACGUGCCGCCGAAUUGUGCAACAGCCACAAAACAGCGAGGAGAUGUAAACGCCGGAUAGACGGUUAAAUUGACAGCUUUCUCCUUGCUGAGCUCCAUCAGAUAACUAAGUGACGCCUCCUCGGCUCGGGUUGUUUCAUCUCGUCACUCAAGCGUCACUUUCCACACGUCGUGUAAGCGUUUGUCCCAAAGGCGAGCUUUGAGUUCAGAUGGUCACGUAGAUGAAGACGUGAGAAAUGUCUACCUGUCUUUGUGUGGAGUUUGAGGGGGCGUGUCUUCUUCCUUUAGCCGAGUCGCUCUGCGGUUCAAAACGGGGGAAGCAAGAAGUUUAAGCUGCGCCCUUUGAGUCAUUUAAAAAAAAAAAAAGGCAACGUGCGUUCAAAGGAGCCAAAUCUCCCGGCAGCCAAUCAUCUGUCUGGAAGAUGGAACCCGGAGUUCACGGCUAAGAGUUCAUGAACAGACGCACGCCACGAGUUGACCUUUCACAUCAAAGACGUUCGAUCGGGCGGUGAACAUUUGAACGCCACCAAUCCGGCUUCACGUUCGUAGUCCUUUAAGAUUGACUGGCUUUGAGUCCCGUCAACCAAUCAGACGAGUUUUCCUCCCCCACUUCCCUCCUCUCAGUGUCACAGUGACCUCGUCAUGAACCAUCUCGACAUUCCACUCCGUUGGUGUCGAAACUAGAACGCCACGACGUCUCGAUGUUUGAUUUUUCUUUCCGCUGGGGACGAAUGUUUUCACGCACUGAAGCUCGAAAAGGUUAAAAAGACGAGUUCCUCCCCGCCGCUCUCUCUCUCUCUCUCCCUUUUCUCGUUAGGCCGUUCCCUCCCCCCUCCCCCUCUUCUUCUUCUACGCUUUGUAAGGAAUAAAACUGAUCCCAUGCAGUAGUGAAUGUGGCACCGAGCCUGUCUGUAUAUCUGGUAUCUCAAAUCAUUUUGUUUUUACUGACCAGUAUUCUGCUUAAAAAUAAAAAGACAAAAAAAAAAAAAAAACCCAAAAAAAAAAAAAACAACAAAGUUUGCUUCUGUGACGGUUUUAUUGCUUAGCGCGCACGUGGUUGUGAAAACGUAGACUUAGCUUAAGGACGCCAAUAAAAAAAACAGAAAAUGACAACAAAAAAAAACACCCCCCUUUCGACACCUCCCCCCUUCCCCUCCCCUGCCCCUCCCUCCCUGGUUAUUGACGUAAUACUAGAUUUGUGUAUGUCUUUUAAAAAAAAACAAAAAAAAAAACCCGACUCUAGUUUCACCCUACAUGUUAUAAACAGGACAAAAUGUAAAAGACGAUUUAAAGUGAAAUAAAGGUUUUAUCAGUUCCGAA